UUCAAGCGGCGGAUGGCCCGAAGGAGAGUUGCUUUAUCUCAUCAGAGCUGUAAGUAUUGACGGGAUGGGAAGGAAAAGUUGGUGACAGGAGGAAAAGGAAAACAGACAGAGCAGCCAUGACGUGGAGAAGCCCCCUGGCUCUGAUGAGGGACGCUCUCAGAGCUCAGAGGGCACGGGAGAAGGACCUCCGCAACUUGGCGUCCAAUCUACCUUAUGAGGGUCUGGAGAAGAGGAAGCAACCCAACCGCUACUUCCCUGGCAAUGCCAUCAAGACCACCAAAUACACCCUCCUCUUCUUCAUCCCCAUGAACCUCUUUGAGCAGUUUCACCGGCUGGCCAACAUCUACUUUGUGGGCCUGGCUAUUCUGAACUUUAUCCCCGUGGUGAACGCCUUCCAGCCCGAGGUAGCUCUGAUCCCCAUCUGUGUUAUCCUGUCUCUGACGGCCCUGAAGGACGCCUGGGAGGACUUCAGGAGGUACCAGUCAGACAGGAAGCUCAACAACACACCGUGCUUCAUCUACAGCAGGAAACAGAAACAGUUUGUGGAGAGGCGUUGGAAGGACGUGCGGGUGGGAGAUUUUAUGAAGGUGGUCUGCAAUGAGAUCGUCCCUGCAGACCUCCUGCUUCUGCACACAUCAGACCCCAACGGUGUGUGUCACAUAGAGACAUCCAACCUGGACGGAGAGACCAACCUGAAGCAGAGGACGGCGAUGUCUGGCCUCUGCAUCUCGGACCCUGAGUUUGAACCUGAAAGCUUCAACAGCCUCGUCGUGUGUGAAAGACCCAACAACAAUCUGAAUCAUUUCAAGUGUUAUGUAGAGAAACCUGAUAAGGAGAAGGUGGGCGCUGGGAUCGAGAGUCUGCUGCUGCGAGGCUGCACAGUGAGAAACACGGACCACGCUGUUGGCUUUGUGGUGUACGCAGGCCAUGAAACCAAGUCCAUGCUCAACAACAAUGGACCAAGAUACAAGCGCAGCAAACUAGAGCGGAAGCUGAACACAGACGUCAUCUUCUGCGUCAUUCUCCUCUUCGCCAUGUGUCUCGUCGGAGCAGUAGGUCACUUCUUAUGGCUGCAGGCGCUGCCCGGUGUGCCCCCUUACCUGGUCCCCGACAGCACCGGUCACCUGGACAGUCCCAGUCUGUCUGCCUUCUACAUGUUCUUCACCAUGAUCAUCCUGCUGCAGGUCCUGGUUCCCAUCUCCCUCUACGUGUCCAUCGAGUUGGUAAAGAUUGGUCAGAUCUUCUUCAUCACUAAUGACAUUGAUCUGUACGACGAGGAUACAGACAGCCGAAUGCAGUGUAAGGCCCUGAACAUCACGGAGGACCUGGGGCAGAUUGAAUACAUCUUCUCAGACAAGACCGGCACCCUCACAGAGAACAAGAUGGUGUUUCGUAGAUGCUCCAUCAUGGGCACCGAGUACCCACAUAAGGAGAAUGCCAUCCGCCUAGCUGUCCUUGAAGAACCAGACUCAGAGGAGGACGUCAUCUUCAACCAGCGGCCACGACCCCCAAAUACCGGAUGGUCCCUGGAUACUGAGGACACCAACCCAGAGGACACGCAACAUCGCAGCCGGCCCAAGAGCAAGGUCGCAGGAAAGGCCCAAAGCGACGUGGCCUUCAGCAGUCUGCUGGAAACUGAGGUGAUUCCAGACAGGAAGCUGCUUCAGCAGAUUAGCAGGGCAGAGAGCAGCAGCGGCAGCCGGAAGAUAGAUCCUUACCUGGACUUUUUUCUGGCUCUCGCCAUUUGCAACACGGUGGUGGUUUCCAUGGCAACAGCUCAGAGACGGAGGGUGAGUGGGUUUUCACGCUCCCAUCAGACAAGUAACCCACUGGAUGCUUUUUCCAACCUGGCGAAAAAGUCUGGCUCUCUUCGCCAUGUUUUCACCUCCUGGCAGAACAAGCCUAAGAGAAAUCGUACCUUUUCAGAGGAUUCAGCCAUAGAGGAGGACCAUUUCCACUCCCCUGUAAAAAUGGAGGAGUCUGGCGGCAGCAGUGGGCUCCAAACAUGUUCGCUGUACACUCCAACUCAGUGCAACCAGCCUGCAACGACCUCAGACAAUCUGAGGUAUGAGGCAGAGAGUCCAGAUGAGGCAGCCCUGGUGUACGCAGCCAAGGCGUAUGGCUUCACCCUGCUGGCCCGCACCCCUGACAGCGUGACCGUGAGGCUCCCGUCUGGGGAUGACCUGGUGUUUGAGGUGCUGGACACCUUGACCUUUGACUCCACCAGGAAGAGAAUGUCUAUUUUGGUGCGACACCCAAUCACAAAAGAGUAUGUGCUGUACACUAAAGGUGCAGACUACGGCAUCAUGGAGCUACUCGGUACACCGUACGCAGAACAUCUCCGUGGGAGUCAUAAGAAAAUAGCAGCAGAUACUCAGCAUCACCUUGACUGCUAUGCUAAAGAUGGGCUGCGUACACUUUGCUUUACAAAGAAGGUUGUGAGUGUCAAGGCGUAUGAAAGCUGGUCUGUGAACAGACAGAGGGCUCUGGCUGCUAUAGACAGCAGAGAAGAGCUUGUUAUGGACACUGCUGUGCAGCUAGAGACAAACCUCUCCUUGCUCGGGGCGACGGGCAUUGAGGACCGUCUGCAGGAGGGUGUCCCAGACACCAUCAUGGCACUACGGGAGGCAGGGAUCCAGGUGUGGGUGCUGACUGGUGACAAGCCGGAGACAGCCGUCAACAUUGGCUAUGCCUGCAGGCUACUGGAAGAGGAAGACCUAGUGAUUAACAUGAGCUGCAAUAACAAGCUUACGUGCACAUCCAUCCUGGACUGCACACUGGAAGAGGUGAGGAGGUACAGCCUGGAUCCUCGUAACGUGGACACAACGCAGGACAUCUCUCUGGUGAUCGACGGACGCACCCUGACCAUGGCCCUGUCGUCGGACCUGCAGGACCGCUUCGUGGAGCUGGCGAAGCACUGCCGCUCGGUGCUCUGCUGCAGGGUCACACCCUUACAGAAGAGCAGGGUGGUGAAGGUGGUCAGGGAGAAACUCAAGGUCAUGACCCUCGCUGUCGGUGAUGGCGCAAAUGACGUCAACAUGAUCCAAGCAGCUGAUAUCGGCAUUGGGAUAUCCGGUCAGGAGGGCAUGCAGGCCGUCAUGGCAAGCGAUUUUGCUAUUUCUCGCUUCAAAUACCUGAAAAAACUUCUCUUGGUUCAUGGACACUGGUGCUACACUCGACUGGCCAACAUGAUCAUUUACUUCUUCUAUAAGAAUGUGGCCUACGUGAAUCUGCUGUUCUGGUAUCAGUUCUUCUGCGGCUUCUCAGGCACUGCCAUGAUCGACUACUGGCUGUUGAUUUUCUUCAACCUCUUCUUCACCUCUGCACCGCCCAUCAUGUUUGGGAUAAUGGACAAAGACGUUUCUGUAGAGGUCCUGCUGGGCGUCCCUGAGCUGUACAGGACCGGUCGGGGCUCAGGGGAAUACAAUUCUACAACUUUCUGGGUUUCCAUGCUCGACGCCUUCUAUCAGAGUCUGGUGUGCUUCUUCAUUCCAUAUUUGGCUUACCGGGAUUCAGACAUUGAUGUUUUUACCUUUGGAACUCCUUUGAACACUAUUUCUUUAUUUACCAUCCUGCUGCAUCUGUCAAUAGAGAUCAAAGCCUGGACGGUGGUUCACUGGGUGAUCAUUCUGGGCAGCGUGGCGCUGUACUUCAUCGUGACGCUUGCCUACAGCGGCAUCUGCGUCACCUGUAACCCUCCAUCCAACCCGUACUGGAUCCUUCAGAGCCAGAUGGCUGACCCCAUGUUCUACCUUAUCUGCAUCAUCACUACUGUGGUGGCUCUGCUGCCCAGGUACAUGUUUCACGUGCUGAGGAACUCUAUCGCCCCCUCCCCGCUCGUGCAAGCCAGGCAUCUGGACCGGCUGGACCCCUGCACGAGGAGCCAGUGGAUCAAGGAGUGGAGGAGCUUCAGGGGCGGUGGGCAGGUGAAGCGCUCCAGGCUGUCUACCCCACCCUCUCCCUCCCUGGAGACGCCUAUGGAAAUUUACCCCCACUCUCCUUCUCAUAUCACGCAGGAUGAAUUCACACUGAAUGUUAUCACUGAAAAGUGUCAGCAGCCUCUACACACAUGAAAAAACAGACUUGUGGCAACUUUGGGAGGAGAAAGGAUUAUUUAUUCUGAAAUUUGUAAAUAUUAGGCGUGAGUGAAUAUAUCCCAGUAUAGAGUUAUGAGAGUUAUGGUCUUACAUAAAUGCAAUCAAGGAGACAUACUCUUCCUCUCUGACUUGUGACAAAUCAUCGAUUGGGGCGAUGACUUCAUUUUGUAAUAAACUGCUUGACAAAAAGCAUGUAGGGCCUCUCCUCCUUGCUCUCCUCAUAACAAGCUGCCAUAGUGAACACAUAAGCCUGUUACUUUCCUGAUGGGUUUUCAGAGCACAGUGGUAACCCAAUUAGUCAUGCCACCCACCCCUCCAAAACGUGGCACUUUUCCAGAACAAAAUGCUUAGCUAGUUUAAUAUAUUCCUCUCACCUAGAUACCCUAAACAGUCACAAUGCAUCCUGUCACUGAGGCAAACACACAUGUGUGGUUUACAGAUUUCCCAUUUAAUUUGCCUGUAUAACAAAAACGAUAGGCUGGGCCUGUAUUUUAUUUUAUUUAAUUUUUUACAUCUGCAAAAUUUGCUUUAGAAAUACACGGAAGCACAAUCAAAAUGUAUUUCCCCUGAGUGUGUGUGUGUGUGUGUGCGCGUACGUUUGUAUGCGUGUGUGUGUGUGUGAAAUGUAAAUUCAGAGGAAUCAGAAGAAAAGGCUUCUAAACUACAAAGUCUGAUGCUUUUGUAUGGAAAUGGAGUGUGCACAAGCCGAAUCCACUUGUAAAAAGGGCUGAGUUAUCAUCUGCAUACUUCACUCUACAGCCGCCGCUCUGCUUAUGUAAGGUCCCACUGCCUCCAGUUGGAUCGUUGCUGCUCUCUAGUGUUGUGAAUGAAGAGCUGCAGAAAGGUCAAAUGGGACAAAGUCACAAUAACAGACAUUUAAACAGCCCAGAUGAGGCUCGAUUGUAUUAUAGUCACGAGAAUGUGCAACAUGCAGGUUAGUUAAAUCCAUUUUAUUGAGAAUAGAUGCAGCAUAAGUUAAACAAAUAGCACUUGCGAUGAAGACUUCUUCCAGACCUGAGCAAGGCUCUCACUGCUGCACAGACAUGAAUACCAUGUAAACAUAUGUGAUAAAUAC